GUAAACAACACCGGGGAAUCACGUGAGACGACUUCGCAGCAGAGAGGCAUCGAGCAAGAUGGCGAAGGUUUUGCUUGGUUUGAGCGCUUUCCUCGGAGUAAUUGUCUUGUGUGUUUCUAGUAUUCUCCUUGGAGGAGUAGAGGACGUGGACAAGAAUGACCCUCAGCUGUUAAAAGUUUUAGGUUUUGCCGUAGACAUGUACAACUUACGCUCAAACAACUUGUACCGUUCCAUGGCUGAAGAAGUUGUCGACUCUACAAAGCAGGUAGUUGCUGGCGAGAAGUACUGCAUCGUUGCUACAAUGGGAACAUCCCGCUCUUGCCGUAACGACGAAAACCACAAGUCAGCCACUUUGGAACAGUGUCCUGUUGACACCCAUGAUAUGGUUUGUAAGUUCAACCUUGUCAUCGUACCAUGGGAGCACAAGGAACCUGAUCUUCUGGAUUUUGAGUGCUCAGGACUGAAUGAGAAGGAAUUAGUCUGUGAUCGUCCUGGUAAAAAACAAGACAAAGAAUCUGAGCCAACAGAAGAUGAUAACAUAGUUAAGGAAAUCAAUAUCAAGCCUCAGGAUGAGAAGGAAGAAGCCCUGUUGUCUGAGUUCAAUGCUUUCCUGAAAAAGUACAAGAAAUCCUACCAAGAUGAAACUGAGUACAGGCACCGAAUGAAGAUCUUUGAAAGCAACAUGAGGAAAGCAGCCAAAAUGCAGAAGAUGGAUUCAGGAACAGCUCAAUAUGGGCCAACUAUCUUCAGUGAUCUGUCAGAGGAGGAGUUCCGCAAGCAGAAAUUGAUGCCUGGAUGGGGAAAACCCCUCUAUGAGAUGAAGGACGCUGAAAUUCCCUUAGGUGACAUCCCAGAAAGUGUUGACUGGAGAGAUAAAGGUGUGGUAACUCCUGUCAAGAACCAGGGUUCUUGUGGAUCAUGCUGGGCCUUCUCUACAACUGGGAACAUUGAAGGGCAGUAUGCCAUCAAAACAGGCAAAUUAGUGUCCCUUAGCGAACAAGAGCUUGUAGAUUGUGAUACUAUUGACAAAGGCUGUGAAGGUGGCCUCCCAUCAAAUGCAUAUAAACAGAUUGAGAAGCUAGGUGGCUUGGAGAGUGAGUCUGAUUACCCAUACAAGGGUGCAGACUCCAAGUGCAAGUUCAACAAAGCUGAGGUCAAAGUCACCAUCAACAGUUCAGUUGUUAUCUCAAAGGAUGAGAAAGAAAUCGCUGCCUGGCUGGCGAAGAAUGGACCCAUAUCCAUUGGUAUCAAUGCUAAUGCAAUGCAGUUCUACAUGGGGGGUAUUGCUCAUCCAUGGAAGAUUUUCUGCAAUCCUUCAUCUCUUAACCAUGGAGUACUGAUUGUUGGCUAUGGAGUCAAAAACGGCACUCCCUACUGGAUCAUCAAAAACAGCUGGGGACCUAGCUGGGGAGAGAAAGGCUAUUAUCUUAUCUACCGUGGUGGCGGAUGUUGCGGUUUAAACACCAUGUGUACAUCAGCUGUAAUUGACUAGAUCUACCUGCGCCACAAGCAAAGGGCUACGAAUGCUCUUCUACUUUUUAUCACAAUUUUUAUACGUUUUAUACUCUUUUAUAUCACGGGAAUAAGACAAUCGAUUUGUAAUAUGUACAGUAGUAUGAUGGAGCGGAAACGUUUCCAAUUUUAGAUGAGUAGAAAUUAUGUGCUUUUUUUCAUUUUGUUCUAUACUCAAAUUUGUUUUGCAUGAAAAAAAAACGGCUUAACAAUAUACUUGAUUUUUUUUAUCUCGACCAUACGACAUUAAAUGAAAGUUGUUUA